AUGGCUCUUGGGGUUCUCCAACCACGGAACAGUAAUCAGCAUGUACCUGGCACCGCUUUGCUUUCAACUGAGGAUACCUCUCAAACCUCCGACCAAACUCUGAAACGAGCGGGUGGAAAGCAUUGCGACGUGAUUCUUAUCCCCCAGCCGUCUGACGACCCCAAUGACCCUCUUAACUGGCCAAUUUGGCAACGCGAUCUCAUUCUUCUUCUCUAUUGCUACUGCACUCUUUGCGUCAUUGGAGGUGUCGGACCCGUCUUGUCUUCCAUGGCAGUUGUCCUGAUUGAGGAUCUCCAUAUUGAUUUUACCAAGGUUUCCUUGCUCACCGGCUACAAUCUUUGCGCCGUCGGCGCCUGUGGCGUCUUCAUCUCUGCCUUUGCUCGCAAAUUUGGCAAACGACCUGUAGCCAUCUUCUCCAUUUCCUGCACCUUGGCCGGCUCCAUAUGGGGUGGCGCUGCGACGUCGUAUGCUUCAUUGCUAGGCGCCAGAAUUCUUCAAGGAGUGGGCAUUGCGCUAUUUGAAAGUCUGUCUUUUGCCGUCAUUGGUGAUCUCUACUGCGUUCACCAGAGAGGUAGACGCAUGGCCUUCUACGUUACAUCACAAUCCGGCCUUGGGAAUAUGCCUUCAAUGGUUGCUGGAAAGGUCACCUAUGAUCUAGGAUGGCGCUGGGUCUUCUGGAUCCUUUGUGUCUUUCUCGCUAUUGCCUGGGUAUGCGUCAUCCUAUUCUGCUGGGAAACCCAAUACAACCGAGCGGCUCUGUACAACACAGAUCUUGCGUCUGAAGAGUAUCCAGCACGCCAUUCCUUCGUACAGAGAAUGAGGAUCUACACCCAAAUCUUUUCCGCGCCACCAUACAACCUGAACACGGCACAGCUUGGAUACAUCAAUGCCGGACCCACCGUAGGCGGCUUCCUUGGCUGUAUUCUCUGUGGGUUGGUGUCUGACCCGAUAGUACAAUGGAUCUCGCGGAAGAAUAAUGGGGUGUUCGAGCCCGAAUUCCGUCUUCCUCUCAUGAUCGGAAUGCCCAUUUCCUGCGGCAUUGGGUACUUCCUCGUGGGCAAUUUCAUCAAUUCAGGAGCCUCGCCGGUUGCCUCAUCCGCAAUGUGGGGAGUUGCUUUCGUAUCAGUGCAGAUUGCUCAUGUCUCGGCUGGUAGCUACCUUAUUGAUGCUUUCCGAGACAUCAGUAACGAGAGCUUUAUCAUUACGAUGACCUUUAAGAACUUCUUGUGGUUCGGGUUCUCCUUCUUCCUUAAUGACUGGAUUGCUUCCUGGAAGCCCGAAAGGGUGUUUUACACGAUAGGAGGAAUGCAAAUUGCUCUGUCGUUAACGACUAUUCCUGUCUACAUUUACGGCAAGAGGAUGAGGGCUUGGUGGCAUAAAUACUCUCUGUUGAGCUAUCUUUAA